ACGGUCGCGCAAUACGGAACGAUUAUGUCCGUGACGCCCGUCGAAGCCGGCACUCACACGCCGUCCGUCACAAUCGUCACGUUAUUCGACGGACGGAACGGGCGUUAAUUAUUCGUUAACACGUACGGCCGAUUGUUGCCGGGAUCUCGCUCGCGCGGUACAACGUUUGCGCGAGAUUAAUUUCGGAGAUUGUCGCUCUAAACGUGUGUGUUUACCUCCGUCCAUGUGUGUUUACACUUUUCACAACGUAUCGUGCAAGCGCUGUGUGUCUGCUCGAGGUAACACGAAAAGCGGUACGCCGGUGGGAUCGGGCAUUUUGUGUACGUGAGACGGUGCGAUCGGACGAAAAGACGUUUCCAAUCAUGGAGAGCCGUGGUUUCUGCUGCGUCGGCGUGUCGUUCGCGGCGAGAAUAAUCGGGGCGUACACGAUGUCCACUUCGAUUCUGCUAAUAAACGUGCUGGUGAGCAACUUCUUCUCAAGAAACGGGGAUGAGGAUUUUUUCGAAUCCGUCAAGACUUGGGCCAUGCUGGGAGUGAAUUGGAUACAGGUAAUAAGAUACACGCAACUGCAGAAAAAAGCGCAAGCCGCCUUGAUAUGUUUCCUCAUUUACGCCGUCUCGUUUCUGUUGGCAAGCGCGUAUCUCACUUUGGGAUCGAUAUCGAGGAGGCAUAUGUGCGCCGUGCCUUGGAUGUAUUUGCAAAUGAUUAGCGUAAUAGAUCAGACCGUGGCGCUGUGUAAUCAUGUAAUACACGACCGGCAGACUACUUUAUAUAUCUGGUACACUACGAUAUGCAGCAUCUAUUUGAUUUUGAGCGUGUACUUCUGGGUGGUCGUGGAAGCAGCUCGAACCCGAUGGUACGACGAGCAGAACCGAAUUGCGAAUUGCGAAUUGAGCGUGUUGGAUGUCGCAUCAACGUCCAGUAGCGAAAUAAAAUCGCCGUCCUUCCUAUCACAAAAUUUCUCGAUGCUCGGAUCACCGCGACCGACGACGAUUCUACCGAAAUAGCAGAGAGUCCAUGAAGAACCAUGGAUAAUUCUGAAACUAUCCUGUUAGACUUGCCGCCUGAGGCAAAUCGUUGCUAGAACGUACAGGCCUGAGGAGGAGAUAUUUACAGAACAAUACGAGAGGAAGACUGAAAGGUUUCUUUCUUAAUACUUCGGACGUUAUUUGCCAUCGUAACUUAAGACUUAUGCUCUGUAUAUAGUAUAUUUAUUUACUAAAUAUGAACCGACUCAUUUUGUUAUAUAAAUAUCUACUUAUAAACGCCUCUCGUGUUUAGACUGCGCGAUGGGAAUUUUUCUACGAAACGUAUAAGAUUAUACUGCUUAAUUGAUAUAAUUUUUACACAUUUAUGUAACUUGGCAAUUUAUCAUUGCGCAACAUAUUUGAUCUUGUUAGCAAAGUAUAAAGUUCGUUGUGGCACGCGUGCGAAAAAAUUUAUGGGACAAUAUUUUAACGACCCGUUGAGUGAAAUUAAAUUUAAGUUUAAUUAAAUUUUAAUUUAAUUAAAUAUAAAAUAAAUUUUAAAGAAGACGUGCGGAAACUUUUGUUCCAAAAAUACUUGGUUAUUUAGCCGAGAUUACCGAUCACUAAUAGAUUUAUUCGUACGCUACAUCGUAUUUCUUAAGAAUUGAGAUGUUAAGCCGGCGGAAUAUCCAUUGAUCUUCCUUGCCUAAUGGAAUAUACGCGAGCCACUAAACUUCGCUGCGGUAAAUCCCGGUUUCGAAACGGGGAAAAUGUAUAAUAAUGCGGAGAGUAACUUCAUAAAUCAGUCGGGAGAUGCGACUAAUAGAGUGUAUCAAAUGCGCCCCCGGCGGAGCGUGCUUGCAUAGAAAAUAUGAGAAAUGGCCGCGUUUUACGUCGAAAUACUUUUAAACUUCCUGGAUUCGAAUCGCACGCAAGCAUAUUCGCUAUGCAGGGUCGGCCCUUUUCCGGAUAGAGGUCGAUUUGUCCGAGAAUGGCCACAACUUUUCGCAAUACUCUUGAGAACGGUAAUCAAGUGUACAAUGGAUGAUAGAGAAAAGCUCUCGAUACAAUUUAUUGGGGAUGUUUCGUCGUAUCCUAUAACAUAUCUAUGUUUGCAACGAGAGAUACUCUGAUAACAUAAUGUUGUUUAUAUGCACUAUUAUGUUGUGUAAGAAGAUAAUCUCUUAUCUUAUUAAAUAGCGUGUUUCUUUAAAAGUGAAUGUGAGACGAUUUAUGAUUCUGUCUGAUAUUUGGCUCUUUCUUUUUCAUCUCUAAAAACCGCUAAGUAUUUAGUUAAAUCUUGAUAAAUUUCAAACAUUUAUAUACGAGUAAAGGUCGACUUCGUUAAUAUUCACUAUUAUAUUUAGUCGUAAAAUGUUAAGAAAGAAAAUUUAUAUAUUUUUUUAUAGUAAUUUGUAAUAUUAUUUCAAAACAAAUUUACCAAUAAAACUUAUGAAACAU